AUUUGCUGCUGACUGCCGACUCAGUGGGUGAUAGUUGUGAUUAGAGUUGAGGGGGAACUCUAGCUAAAAGCAAAAGUAAAAUAGAAAAAAGCAACAUCUUAACGGCAGGGAGAGAGUUUGGCCAAAAAGGGAAAGAAGAAACUACAAGUAAACAGAAAAAUGGCUGACGGUGAUGGGAACGUCUGUGGCUGUUGCACGGACCUGUCUCUGGUUUACGAAUGCCUCAGAGAAGAUGUUUUUGCCGAUUUCGUGCGUUGGUCUGUGGCUGGCUGUUGAUAAACCCCUGCGACUGUCUGACAGCUUCAUGACCCCUACAACUCUCCUUCCUCGCAGAUUGAAAGAGGAAAUGAACCGCUGUCAAUGUAAUUAUUAAAGCCUGAAAUUGCCGAAAUACUCACCUAAUCUCUCAGCUCGAAUAUUAUGAACUGGAAUUAACCUGCUACUUUAUAUUAGAGACCAAAUCGAAAUCCGAGCAGUGCUCGUUGCUACAUCCCCACCUUAAUUUUCACAUCAGACUGUCUUUUUUUUCUAUAUACAACAAAGUCCUUUUUUUUUACCAUCUCGUGGUGGAACUGUUACUGAACCACGGCCAGGAAUACCGCAAUCUAAACUUGAAAUUCCUUGCUAUGGAACUGAAAAGGUGAUCAUGGGUGCCAAUGUUUCAGCCGAUCGAUUGCAGCCAUCUUCUCGAUCCUCCACAUUGACUCGCAUGUCCCAUGGAUAUGUGAUCAAUGAGGGAGAUGUGGUGGCACGAGAGAAGAAAAAGAAAGCGUCCAAGUUUGCCACACUAAGGAAAAAGUUGAUCAGAGUCCGGCGCCACAGUCGAGCAGUUGAUUACUCCAAAGCUUUGCGGGAAUUAACUUGCAGCUGGUCUAUUCGGGAUCUCAGCUGCUUGGUAGAGGAAUAUGAAGCGGCUGCUAUUCUUAAGGAACUUGCCAUUGCUGCAAACUUGGCCCGACCGUUGGCCAACUCCAUUCGUCAAGAUCUCUCAAACCUUUUUGAUUACAAAUACUGUACGGACGUUGAUUUGAUUUAUCGAGGGGCAUGUUUUCCAGCUCAUCGAGCCCUUCUUGUUGCCCGUAGUCCAUUUUUCCAUGAUUUAUUGAACCAAUUCCAGGAAUAUGGAGCACAAGUACCGAUCAAAUUAAAAACUCCUGGGGUUGAUGUCCCUCUAUUCUCUGCUCUUUUACGAUAUCUAUACACUGAAGAAUUUAUUCUUGAAGGUUCUCAGUUAGAGAAUGAUGAGAUUAUCAUGCGGCUUACGGAUGAGUUUGGAAUGCCAAACCCUCUGGAGCAGGACUUGCGAAUGAUGUUGGACACUGGUAACUACAGUGAUGCUACUUUGGUAUUUACGACUGGUUCCGAAAGCCAGGAAAAUUUAAGUUCCGAAGCUUCUAGUUCAGGAGAUCAUUCAUCAAGAAAACACGAACUUAAAUGCCAUAAAGCAAUUCUGGCUGCGCGAUCUCCUUUCUUCCGUAACCUUCUGUUGCGGCGUGCGCGAUCAGGUGAAGAGAUCACUGAACGGACAUUACAGACACCUACACGCAUAGUGCUUGAUGAAUCGGUCAUUCCAAGGAGGUAUGCUCGUGUGUUAUUGCAUGCAAUCUAUAUGGACUCGGUAGAUUUAUCUUUAAUAGUGCGUGGAAGUACCAGCACGUGUAGUCUUAGUGAAGUGCAAGCUAUGGUAGCAGGAAGAGGGCAUAUCACUCAUGCUGAUGAAGCUAUGGAAAUUUACCAAAUCGGACAGUUUUUGGAUUUUCCUAUUCUUUCACAAGGUUGUGAAGAUAUAAUUGUAGAAAGUAUUGCUGUAGAAAAUUUAAGUUCUAUUUUGACAUGGAGUUCUGAACCCCAUGGGUCUCAGUGGGUCCAUCGGCAAGCUUUACAUUUUUUACGAGAAGAAUUUCUUCAGUUGCUACACUCUCCAAUUUUCUGUGAAAUGGGAAAAGAUUAUCUCAUUGCUGCCAUUUGCUCUGACUUCUUACAGGCUGGCGAAUUAGAUGUUCUGAAUGCUGUAUUAAAAUGGGGGGAACACCAGCUUGUGAAAAGAGUGGAGGAGCGAGAACUUCUUGUUUCAGAACCUAACCUGCUCAAUCAUACGGCUCACAGUGUGAGCAAAAAAGGUAUUCGGAAGCGAGAUUUGAAUGAUGUUGAACUCCGUGAGAUAUUGGCCGAACUUCUUCCGCAUAUACGAAUGGAUCAUGUGAUACCUUACAACAGUGAAAUCCUAAAUAGUGCAAUAAAACGAGGACUUGUGAGUACACCUCCAUCACACAUGAUUGCAGACGAAGGCGGUAACCACCGUGUUGGAGCCUGGAUCAGAGCCAAGAACAGUGGGAUGUAUGUCAAGCCUCGACUCUUUACUCCAUAUUACGAAGAAACAAAGAGCAUGCUUGAAGAGCUGCUCGGACAAGUACAAGAAAAUGACUUGGUAAAUGUGCGUAUGAUACACAUGUCGUCCAUUCCCGAUACUCUUUACAUGGUUGAAGACCGUCAGUAUGCUGUACCUUCAGUGGCCUAUUUGGCACCAACCUCCACCGUAGAUGUCAUAGCUGGUACUAUACCUGUUCCUGAUAGGAAUACGUUAAUCAUGAUGCUUCACCGUGAGCAAGAAUUACAAAGAACCAAGCUGAUUCAAAAAGCUUAUUCCCUCCCAUACACAGACAAACGUGCAGUGACAUAUCAAAUAAAAUUGCGGGUUGUGAGAGAAUUUGGGUUGCCUGACUCAGCUGUUGAAAUCUUGCAGAACAGCCAGUAUUACUACCCUGAAGAAUCCCUUUAUGUUGAACGGCAAUAUCAAGUCAAUACUUCCUCCUCCUCUUCUUCACCAAGCCGGCACAAGCAUAGUCCAGGUACAUCCGUACCACCACCAGCUCGAACUUAUAGCCCCGUAGAAGUGAACUCUCCACCAGUGACUAAACUAGAUUGCGUUGCUCAUUGUACAACUCAGUCUGAUAUCCGACACAAUCCUUCCACCCCGCUGCCAUCUCCCACCAGGUGCUACAGUCCUGUGCAGAACGAACCAAAUACCUGUGGAGAGAAUGCACUUAGCGAAGUGAUGCCUGAUAUUGCUAUGGCGACUGCCUCAUUGGAUCAGAUGCACAUGCAUGAGACUGAUUUAGAUUUGGACAUUGUUUCAGAUGGCAUUCAUCAUGGAACCCUCUAUGUAUGAAGCGCUUCCCCUUAUCCCUCCCCCCGACCAAGGACACUCUUCAACUUGUUGAUCCUUCUUAAACUGCUGCUGCUGCUGCCAUUGAUUUGCUGCUGUCACCUGUGUCAUGUAAGUUGCACAGAACAAACUAGCCUCUUGCCGCUCCACAACACACAAUGGCUUGGUGCUGGUACCGAAGAGAAUGGCUUGUUGUCACAACAGAAGAGAUUAAGCCUGUUAGUAACAUAGGACUGUUGCAGUUGCAGAGCUGAUGCAGAAUAGCAAAUAACCCGUGGAAUUAUUGUACUUAACUGCAUUAAGACUUGUCGAUGGCUGUUGCCAAAAGCAUUGGAUUUUCAAAUUUACAGCUUGCAAGACCUCUCAUGUUUGAUAAACCUUUUGAAGCUAAUUGAGUUUAUAGUCUUUCCACAGCCAUUUCAUUACUGACUUGAAAGCAUGUCAACUGUCUAUUUAUUAUUUAUUUAUCAUAUUUAUUGACUUAUUUUGAAUAAUUUCUACCUUUUGCUGUUUUAUUUUUUUUUUAUCAUUUUGUUUUAAAAGUUGAUUUUUUUUUUUUUACCAUCUCCAUCAUUUCAUUUUUGCAUUUUAAAUUGGUUGCCGAAUUUCGUAAAUCUUAAGUCAUUCGUCAUAUGAAACGUCCUACCAUGAAGUAAUUUUAUCUCCAACAAUAUGAUGCCUUUGCUAAAAUCCUAUUUUGCAUUUUUGUUUGAGAACACAAAACCCUUUUGAUAAAACCAAACCCCUGCAAAUCACACAGCUACUUAAGGACUCAUCAAACACUGUUGUCAAUAGAAAUAUUUAGUUGAAAAUGCUACUCCUUUUGUUUUGUUUUUUUAAAACAAAGUGAAAAUGUGGAACAUUAUUUAUUACUGAAUAAAUAUUUUCUAGAGGCAUUUUCAUAAAUUUAUAAGGUGUAAAGUUUUCUGCUCACUGCAUAAGCUAUAUAUUGAUGUUUUUUAAAAAACUUUUUUUCAUCAGCAGCUAGAAAGGGAUAAAAAAAAUACAAGCUUUAGUAUAACUUUAAAUUUAAGUUAAGGAACCGUAGAAUUCUGAAUCUGUUUUUCUUUUUUUGUUCCAUCACCUAAUGUGUACAGUAAUGACACGCUUAAUCUGUUGUGUAAGCUUUCCUAUCAAUGAUUACGGCUUAGGUAUUAAUUAAACCAUUAACUCAGUAUAUAUUUGCUUCUAGUCAUCCCUAUUUCAUAUAUAUAGAUAUAUAUAUAUAUAUAUAUGAUAUUUAAAUGAUAUAGUUUGUAAUUAAAAGAUAGUACUCAAUACAUGGUAAAGAGUAUAUUGUUUACUUAAACUGAGCUCUUUUUUUUUUGCAACUUGAGUUUCAUGCUUCUGAAAUCGAUAAGGUAUUUUCUUUGGUGCAUGGUUACCAUUUUCAUUGGCCAGUUUCUGAAUGUUGUUUCGUUAGGUUGGUUGGGGGUUUUGAUUAUUCUCGUUUUGUCUCUGUUCAUUGGCGAAUGACUGGUGAGAACAUUGCAAUAAUUAAAAUUAAUAAUUAAAAAGAAACCGUCCUAACAAAACAAUGUUGAGAAACUAGGCAAUAAAAAUGAUUACCUCACACAGAGAAACAAGCCUGCUUCAAAAUUAUAUAUAUAUAUAUAUAUAUAUAUAUAAUUUUACUUAGGUAUGGUGAUACUAAUAAUAUACUAGUACUAAAUAUAGUGAUACUUAGAACUCAAUAUACUUAUGCUUUAAGUUAGGCAAGUAUGGAGUGUAAUAUUAAUUAAUGAAUGACAAAAGAACAGGAGUUAUGCAAUCACUAUCAUUGGCAUAAAAGCUAUUUCUGCUACAGGAAGCGAUGUACUCUGAGCUAAGUGCUAUGCUUCUUUUAGUAGAAAUAGUCGUAAAGCAAAUGAAAGCAUUUAUGAGGCCCUUGUUUGUUUGUCAGCCAUUAAUUUAUGUGCGUGUGUGUGUGCGUGUGCAUGCAAUAUAUUUCAGUUGAUCAACCUUUAAGAAGUUUCUUAGAAAAGUUUGUCAAACAUCAUAGGGAACAUAAAUUCAAUAUUCUAGCAAAAUUCUGUAAAAGAAUUUUUUUUUUCCAUAUUAGGUUCUAGAAGUUUAAAAAAAAAAAAUCAGUCAUUAAUUUUUUUUUGUUCAUUCUCACAUUUCACUGGGGUUUUUUGUUUUUUUUAAAAAUUAUUUUGGUCACAAAAAAAAUGUAACUUUCAUCCAAAUACAUCUGAAAUACUUAUCUCUCUGCUGGCAGAUUGGUAAGUUUUUGUUUUUUUUCUUUGGAUGGUACAUUUCGAUAUUUGACAUCAAUAAAUUUAGUCUGUUCCAAUGUUAAGAAUUUUAUUUACUGUUCGCCCCUCCCCCUGCCAUCUAUCAUUUGUUAUUGUAUUUAUGAUUUUCGAAAGGGAAGAAAAUCCACUUUUUAAAUAUGAACCAUUCAUUCAAUCAAACAAGUGUUACUUUCUAACAAACCAACCAACAAAAAAAAGUUUAAAAUAAACCACUCUAUUUUCAAA